AUGGGGGAUGAAGGGCUCACAGGAGUCUCGAUGCCUUGGGAAGAACCAUUCCUGGUCAGGGUCGAGAGGACGAUGUUCCACCCUUGGAUCGCCGUGCUUGUAUGCGUGGUAUCUGCAGUCGAUGCAGGGAACCACGUGGUCGACGCAGCGCGUCGUCACAUCAGAGCCCUGACCUACCCUGAAGAGAGCGAGAUGGGGUUGUUCUUCGCCCUCGCCAUUCCACUGGACGAUCCUAGGAAGUCCAUUUCCGUCGCUUUCUUCUUCGAGGCGAAUUACGAGCUGCCGAGCAACGUCACGGAAUGGCAUCUGGAAGGACGAAGAAGGGGGAGGCGAUCCAUCGAUCGCAGGACGAUCUACAACCUGCUGGAGGCCAAGUUCGAAUCGAUCGGAUUCCCGGGACGACAAUGCCUCCUGCGAUCCAUAUGCGAGACGGCGCAUUAUCCGGUGCAUCUUCGCAACGGCGUCCUGGGCGACAUUAUGCGAAUUGUCUUCACGCCUUCUUCCUCCGCCGACGAGGGUUUACCCCUGGAGUACACCCUGGCAGAACGAGUGGACUCGACGGAGGGCUGUUUUGCGACCUACCCCCUCUGCCCCUUCGGAAUUUACGACUACAUCACCGAGGUGCACGAGUGAAGAACCGAACAUGGCGGGUCAAGAUUUGGAUACCACCCUUGGCAGCAUCCUUGCU